AUGAAUCCCCCCGCGGCACUGCCCCGGGCGCUCCUACUCCUCCUUUUCUUGCAACUGUCGCCGCUGGGAGGCCGUUCUCACCCGCUGGGCUAUCCCAGUCCAGCCUCGGAACUGUCUGGGAUGCAGGAGCUGCUGGAUGGUCUGCGCGACAAAGUCUCUGAGCUGCAGGCACAGCAAAUGGCCCUGGAGCCCCUCCAGCAGAUCCAGGGCCCCGCAGAAGCCUGGGGGGCCCGGGAGGCAGCCCCCCGGGGCGUCCUGGAGCCCCGCGAAAACGCCCUCCGGUUCCUGCGGAGCCUCCGCAGCCCCAAGAUGAUGCGCGACUCGGGCUGCUUCGGGCGGAGGCUGGACCGGAUCGGCUCCCACAGCAGCCUGGGCUGCAAUGAGAGAGAAAAGGAGACAGCCGUCAGCGUCCUGCAGGUGCGCUAA